AACUGCCGCUCCAACAUGAGCAGUCAUGACGGCGGAGGGCGGCGCCGCUUUGAGGACUCAGAGUUCACGCUUCGCAUCUACCCAGGUGCCAUUGCCGAGGGCACCAUCUACUGCCCUGUGUCGGCCCGCAAGGUCACCUCGGCCGCUGAGGUCAUCGAGCAGGUCAUUGAGCGUCUGCGGCUGGACCGUACACGAUGCUACGUUUUGGCUGAGGUGAAGGAGUUUGGCGGUGAAGAAUGGAUCCUCAACCCAGGCGACUGCCCGGUUCAGCGUAUGAUGCUGUGGCCGCGCAUGGCCUUGGAGAACCGUUUGGGCGGUGAGGACUACCGCUUCUUGCUACGUGAGAAGAACUUGGAUGGUUCCAUCCACUAUGGAAACCUGCAGAUGUGGCUGCGUGUUACGGAGGAGCGACGACGUCUUGUGGAACGUGGGCUCCUGCCACAACCGCAGCCCAGUGAGCUUACUGAUUUGUGUGCCCUGCCCGACCUCAAUGAGCGCACGCUGCUGGACAGCUUGCGUAGUCGAUUCCGGCAAGAGAAGAUCUACACCUACGUGGGUGGUAUCCUCAUUGUGGUCAACCCUUUCAAGUUCCUGCCCAUCUACAACCCCAAGUAUGUUAAGAUGUACGACAACCACCAACUGGGAAAGCUGGAGCCACACAUCUAUGCUGUUGCUGAUGUAUCCUACCAUGCUAUGCUACAACGCUGCAAGAACCAGUGCAUCGUAAUCUCUGGUGAGAGUGGCUCAGGCAAGACCCAGAGCACCAACUUCCUCAUCCACCAUCUGACGGCACUUAGUCAGAAGGGCUUUGCCAGCGGAGUGGAGCAAAUCAUUUUGGGAGCUGGACCUGUGCUGGAGGCUUUUGGGAAUGCCAAGACAGCUCACAACAACAACUCCAGUCGAUUUGGCAAGUUCAUCCAAGUCAAUUACCAAGACAGCGGUACAGUGAGAGGAGCGUACGUGGAGAAGUAUCUUCUAGAGAAGUCUCGUCUUGUCUACCAGGAGCACAAUGAGAGAAACUACCAUGUAUUUUACUACCUGCUGGCUGGAGCAAGCGAGGAAGAGAGAAAAGCCUUCCAUCUGCUCAAGCCAGAGGAAUACCAUUACCUCAACCAGAUGACAAAGAAACCCAACAGGCUACACUGGGAAAAUUACUAUGAGAGCGAGCUGGAUUGCUUCACUGUAGAAGGAGAAGAUCUGAAGCAUGACUUUGAGAGGCUCCAGCUUGCCAUGGAAAUGGUGGGCUUCCUGCCAGCCACACGCAAACAGAUCUUCUCGCUGCUCUCUGCCAUUCUACACCUGGGGAAUAUUCGUUAUAAGAAGAAGACUUACCGGGAUGACUCUAUUGAUAUUUGCAAUCCUGAGGUGCUCCCCAUUGUAUCUGAGCUACUGGAGGUGAAAGAGGAGAUGCUGUUUGAGGCCCUCACCACACGGAAGACUGUUACAGUUGGAGAGAGAUUGAUAGUGCCAUAUAAACUUGCAGAGGCUGGCACAGUAAGAGACUCCAUGGCCAAAUCCCUGUACAGUGCUCUGUUUGACUGGAUAGUGUUCAGGACUAACCAUGCCCUUCUCAACAACAAAGACCUGGAAGACAACACAAAGCUUCUGUCCAUUGGUGUGCUGGACAUCUUUGGCUUUGAGGACUAUGAGAACAACAGCUUUGAGCAGUUCUGUAUUAACUUUGCCAACGAGCGCCUCCAACACUACUUUAACCAGCAUGUCUUCAAGCUAGAGCAGGAAGAGUAUCGAGCAGAGGGUAUCAGCUGGCACAACAUCGACUACAUCGAUAACACAGGCUGUAUCCACCUCAUCAGUAAAAAGCCCACCGCGCUGCUCCACCUGCUGGACGAGGAGUGCAACUUCCCACAGGCCACCAACCAGACUCUACUGGACAAGUUUAAGAGGCAGCACGAGGGGAACAGCUAUAUUGAGUUUCCUGCUGUCAUGGAGCCAGCCUUCAUCAUCUGCCACUAUGCUGGCAAGGUCAAAUACAACGUCAAGGACUUCAGAGAGAAGAACACUGACCACAUGCGGCCGGACAUUGUGGCACUGCUGAAGAGCAGUAAGAAUGCAUUCAUCUGUGGGCUGAUGGGGCUGGAGCCAGUGGCUACGUUCCGCUGGGCCGUUCUCAGGGCUUACUUCAGGGCUGUGGUGGAAUUCAGAGAGGCUGGACGCAGGCACAGGGAGAAGAAGAUCAGCUCAGACUCAGCUGUGCAUUGUGCUGUUAUAAAGAGUGUGGACAAUUUCAGCUUCCUGCAUCAUCCUGUUCACCAGAGGAGCUUGGAGAUUCUCCAGAGAUGCAAAGAUGAGAAAUACAAUUCAUGCAUCACACGGAAGAAUCCCCGCACGCCGCUGUCAGACCUCCAGGGUACCAACACACUUAAUGAGAAAUCACCUAAAGAUGGCUUUGGGGUGGGGUGUAAUGGGCGGAGUUCAAGGCCAGGUCGAUUGUCCUCUGCUGGCUCCAUUCAUGAUGAGGAUGGCAUCUUCAUCAAUUCCACUAGCAGUAAGCUGCUAGAGAGAGCCCAGGGCAUCCUCAUGCGAAACAAAAACUACAAACCUAAACCAAGCCUCCCUAAGCACCUGCUGGAUGUGAAGUCCCUGAAGUACCUGAGCAGUCUCACUCUCCACGACCGCAUUACCAAGUCCCUGUUGCACCUGCACAAAAAGAAGAAACCGCCCAGCAUCAGCGCUCAGUUCCAGGCCUCUUUGAAUAAGCUGAUGGAAACCCUGGAGCAGUCAGAGCCAUACUUUGUUAAAUGUAUCCGCUCAAAUGCAGAGAAGCUUCCUCUGCGAUUUAAUGAUGCCUUGGUGCUGAGACAGCUGCGUUACACGGGCAUGCUGGAGACCGUACGCAUCCGCCGAUCAGGAUAUAGUGUCAAGCAUACCUUUCAGGACUUUGUGCGACACUUCCAUGUGCUCUUACCACAAGGCACCAGUUCCACUCAGUUGAGCAUCCGGGACUUUCUGCAAAAGGUCAACCUUGAUCCAGCUGGCUAUCAAGUUGGCACCACUAUGGUGUUUUUGAGGGAAGCACAGAGGCAACAGCUACAAGAGCUUCUCCAUCAGGAGGUUCUGCGCAGAAUAGUUCAUCUCCAGAGACGCUUCAGAGCACGGCUCGAGAGAAAGCACUUUACCAGCAUGAGACAGGCAGCAUGCGUCAUACAGCAUUGGUGGCGGGACUGCAGUCUUAGACAUGCAGGGGGGGAGGAUGUUGUAUUUGACUCCUGCAAUCAGCAAGAGGCAGCAGUGUGCCUGCAGGCAGCAUGGCGGGGUUACCAGGAGCGACGACGCUUUCUGCUGUGGCGGGAGGCGGUCCUGGUGCUCCAGAGGAGCUGGAGGCAAUGCCAGCAGCACCGCAUCCAAUCUGUGUUAGUCAUCCAGGCUGCCUGGCGCGGACACCUGCAAAGAAAGAGUUACUUUUCCCAGCGGAGUGCCAUAAUAACUCUGCAAGCAGCCUGCAGGGGUUACCUAGCACGCCAGAGGUGCAGGCAUCUAAGAAAUGAGAGACAAAGGGAGGAACAGUUGUUUGAAGGGCAUGAGAGGCUAGCCAUUGAGCUACAGGAGCAACAGAGCAUUUUGCAAGAUGAAACACUGGGUGAAUCAAAGAGUGAAGUUCAGACAUUUGACCAUUCUGAAUACUGCCAGACAGAGCAGAAAGAGGAAUGUGGUGAAAGCCUUCCAGUGGAAUCUUCCAGAACACUAGAUGACAGCACUCUGAAAAGCAGGGCCAAAAGAGAGAGCCGACGAAAACGAGAACUGGAGCAAGCCAAGUUCAGCCUGGAACUGCUCAAGGUGCGUUCCACAAGUGGGGCGUCUUCCUCAGAAGACCUGCUGCCAGAACCCCCCCAAGGUUCCCCUGACAGCCAUGGUAGCUUUGAGCUCCUAAAUAUGGAUGAUGUGGAGCCUGAACACCUGUCCAACUCAAUAGAAAGAGUGGAACAGAGUCCCAGUGGUCCACCAUCUCCAGGCCAUUCCACAUCUUCUCUCCUGGAGGAGGUCCCAAAAAGUUUAAAAACUGACACAUCAAACCCUGCUCCCCCUUCCUCCUUACCCAUGUUCUACAUCCCAGAUGAGUUUAGCAGCCCUCCCAGUCCUGUCCAUCAAGCAGAGGGACAAGGAGUGGGGAAAUCGGUUAGAGACCGGAUGGAAUCUUCUCGCAAGCCAGUGGUAGUGGUCAUUAGCAUGCAGAAGGAGACAGUACUGGAUGAAACUGAGACCCUGGACUCCAGCAGCCUGGAGGCCCUGCAGAGCCUGGAAGAACUGGGAGAGCUGGAAGAGCACCAGAGACAAACAGAGAAGAAACUCACUAAUGUGGAGCAUGAUUCUGAGAGGGUGCCACAGGUUGCCCAGGCUAAAAUGGAAAGAGCAGAGUCAGGCAAGCAGGUUGAAGAGACUCCCUUUAUACAGACACUGUCUAAAUCUAAACCUCCAAGCCCCCUAUCAGGAUCAAAUGUUCAUGUAAAAUCCCCAAACCAAAAGGAUGCUAACAUUGCUGCUUCACCCAUUCCUCUUCAACAAGACUGCAGGGUGGGUAAGACAGCACAGGAGGAAGCAUCAGAGAAUUCAUCCAAAACUCAGAAGCGGUCGAUUACAAAAACCAUCAGCAUCAGCAUGACAGAAAGAGCUGGAACAUUGCCGUUCUCAGGCAAACGCAACAGACUCACCUUCUCCAAGUCAGAUAAAGAUCUGGUGAAUCAGGAGCGGUCCAUGGCCAUGCAGAGAGAAAGCUCUUCAGGUUUCAGGUCUCUCAAGCACAGAGAGGUGGCCAGAGCGGGCCAUAAAAAGAAAGCCCGCAUUGCGCGUACACGCUCUGACUUCCUAACCCGCGCCUGUAACGUGGACGUAGAGGGCGACUCAGACGACGAUGAGUACAUUCCCGUCCAAUCACACACGCUGCCGCUCCCCGAGACCCACCCCGAGGGGGGGUCAGAGCAAGUCAGCCACAGUGACUCUGAAAUGUCAUCACAAAAGGAUCAGAAGAAGAUGCAUAAGACUAUGUCAUCAGGAGACCUAGGAAAGAUGGACACACUUAGGAAGUCACUACAUCAGGAUGGACGAGUCAGAGGGCGAAUGCGUUUUUGGAGCAAGUCGAAACAUGGAGAUAAGAAACCGUCCAGGGACAAGCUGUUCAGCAGAGGCCAUUCAGCAGAUGCAGGACCAGACAGUGGCUCUCCUCCUCACAGCCCAGAGCUGAGUGUAGGUCGCAGUAGGGACAGUAAAGAGAAUAAGGAGCCUUCUCCAAAGAUGAGGAGGAGGAGGAGUGUGAAGAUCAGUAGUGUGGCUCUGGAGCCAGCCCAAUGGCAGAAUGACUCUCUACACAUCCUCACCAGCGCAGCCGACUACCGCAGCAUGAAUGACUUCCUCAUGAAGAAGAUCAGUGACUUGGAAACAACAGAGGACAGCAAGAAAGACACUCUGGUCGAUGUAGUCUUCAAGAAGGCGCUCAAAGAGUUUCGCCUGAACAUUUUCAACUCCUACUCUACUGCUUUGGCUAUGGAUGAUGGGAAGAGUAUUCGUUAUAAAGAUCUGUAUGCGUUGUUUGAGCACAUCCUGGAGAAGACCAUGCGUCUGGAGCAGAGAGACUGGCGAGAGUCUCCGGUCAAAGUGUGGGUUAACACCUUCAAAGUCUUCCUGGAUGAGUUCAUGACCGAAUACAAACCAAUGGAUAGCACCAUCAGCAAGACACUGAAACCAGAACGCAAGAAGAGGAGGAAAAAGGACUCUGACAUUGUCGAGGAAUACAACGGCCAUAUCUUCAAAUCCACUCAAUAUAGCAUCCCCACAUACUGUGAAUUUUGCUCCUCCCUUAUCUGGAUGAUGGACAGAGCCUGUGUCUGUAAAUUGUGUCGGUAUGCCUGUCACAGAAAGUGCUGCUCCAGAAUGACAACCAAAUGCAGUAAAAAGUACGAUCCCGAGCAGUCACCCAGGCAGUUUGGGGUGGAGCUGUCUCGUCUGACCAGUGAGGAAAGGGCUGUGCCACUGGUGGUGGAGAAGCUUAUUAACUAUAUAGAGAUGCAUGGAUUAUACACAGAGGGCAUCUACAGAAAGUCUGGCUCUACCAAUAAGAUCAAAGAGCUGAAGCAAGGGUUAGACACAGAUGCCAACAGUGUAAAUUUAGACGACUACAACAUUCACGUCAUUGCUAGUGUACUCAAACAGUGGCUCCGUGAUUUACCCAACCCUCUGAUGACCUUUGAACUGUAUGAAGAGUUCCUCAGAGCCAUGGGUCUGCAGGAUAAGCGUGAGGUUGUCAGGGGGGUGUACUCUGUGAUUGACCAGCUGAGCAGAACUCACCUCAGUACUCUAGAGCGCCUCAUCUUUCACCUGGUCAGGAUCUCCUUCCAAGAGGAGACCAAUCGAAUGUCUGCCAAUGCUCUGGCCAUUGUCUUCGCUCCCUGUAUACUGCGUUGCCCAGACUCCAUUGAUCCUCUGCAGAGUGUGCAGGACAUUGGCAAGACCACUGCGUGUGUGGAGUUGAUCAUAUGUGAACAAAUGAAUAAGUACAAGGCCAGACUGAAGGACAUCAACAGCCUGGAGUUUGCGGAGAACAAAGCCAAGAGCAGACUGACCCACAUCAGAAGAUCCAUGAAACCUGUACUAAUUGCAGUUAGGUUUAUGAGCAUUACCCGAACAGCUACCCCGCCAAAUACAGCUAAAAAGGGCAAAAAUCGUCUACGCAGGACUAGCAACCACACGCCCUCGCCACCCAUGAGCCCACGGUCGGCAGGGGCGACCGAUGGUGAGGGGCCUGGCGAGGAGGGGGCGGAGCCAGGUCUCAGCGAGCAGCAGCAGGUGGCCAUGCAGCAGGAGGAAAGGGUUCUGACAGAACAAAUAGAGAACUUACAGAAAGAGAAGGAGGAGCUGACCUAUGAGAUGCUGGCAUUAGAGCCACGGGCAUCAGAUGAUGAGAUGUUGGAAUCUGAGGCCUCCAUUGGCACAGCAGACAGCUCUGAGAACCUGAAUGCGGAAACAGAGGGCGCUGUCUCCGAGCUCUGUGAGAAAGGCCUGGCUGAGUUGUCCGGUACACGUUCAAGGAAGGCAGAGACCAGGAGCAGACGGGCCCUUCGGAGACAACCAGACUCCCUGGACUCAGCCGACUCUGCUCUCACCUCUCUCUCCUCCUGCUCCACCUCCUCUUACCUCACUCCCUCCUCCCACCGUUUCCGAUCCUCUUCCUCCGGCCCCCUCUACACCUCCUCCACUGGGGACUCACUUCUUGCUCUGACCCCUGAUUUAGAAGGGGCUUCACUGGCAGGUCGUAGUGCUUCAAGUUCGGACAAGAGCCGUCCAAGGGCCAGGGCCAAUCGGAGCUGCCCACCAAGGCCACGUGAGCCCCCAGAGAAUGGUGGGCACAGGAGGGAGGCGGACUUUGGUUCAGCUCAGCCAAUGGUAGUAUACGGUAGCAAUGAGUUUAUGGUAUGA